CUCUUUGCCCUGUGCGUGCCCGUGGGUCGCUCCGGUGCUCCGUGGGCUGGAGGAACUUCCAGAGGGACUGGGAUGGUCCGGUCCAGGGAAAGGGGCGGUGUUGGUAGUUCCGCAGCGGCCGGGAACAGGAAGGAAGGGGCCCCGUGCUCGGUUCCCCGUUCUUGGUAUCCCGAGGCGCCGCCCCCCGUAGGAGCCGUCCUGCCGGAGCGGGAGGGCUGUCCGGGCAGCUUUCGACACCGUGAUGGGAACCUGACGCGGGGUUAGAACAGUCGUCUGAGGGGAAGCCGAAAAGUGGAGACGAAAAGACAAGAACGCGGAUAACGGGGUUUUGUUACUCGUGCUGCUUGGGUGAGGAAGGUGAGACCGUCCUGGUGCUGUUCGCUGGGGUGUGCGGCGUGUGUUGGGAUGAACAGCCGAUUUAUAUUGCACAUUCCAAGUGAAGAGAGAGACAAUGCCAUCAGAGUAUGUUUUCAGAUUGAACUUGCCCAUUGGUUUUAUUUGGAUUUCUACAUGCAAAACACAUCAGGAUUACCUCAGUGUGGGAUAAGAGAUUUCGCUAAAGCUGUCUUCCAUCACUGCCCUUUUUUACUGCCUCAAGGUGGAGAUGUACAAAAAGUUUUAGAGGAGUGGAAAGAAUACAAAAUGGGAGUGCCAACCUAUGGUGCAAUUAUUCUUGAUGAGACACUUGAAAAUGUUCUUUUGGUUCAGGGCUAUUUAGCAAAGUCUGGCUGGGGAUUUCCAAAAGGGAAAGUAAAUAAAGAAGAGGCUCCCCAUGACUGUGCUGCUAGAGAGGUGUUUGAAGAAACUGGGUUUGACAUAAAAGAUUUUAUCUGCAAAGAAGAAUACAUUGAGCUGCGGAUUAAUGAUCAGUUAGCACGGCUGUACAUCAUUCCAGGAGUUCCCAGGAACACAAAAUUCAACCCCAAAACUAGAAGGGAAAUUCGGAAUAUUGAGUGGUUUUCCAUUGACAAAUUACCAUGCCACAGAAAUGACAUGACCCCAAAGUCCAAGCUGGGUUUGGCACCUAACAAAUUUUUUAUGGCAAUUCCCUUCAUCAGGCCAUUGAGGGAAUGGAUUUCCCGAAGAAAUGGAGAGUCUUCCGAUAGCGACAAUGGAUUUUCAUCUGCAGGGAGCACACCCUCUAAGCCCAACUUGGAAAAAGCUAGAUGCAAACUUCGUAGUAGUCAGCAGGUGUUUAUAGAUGGCUUUUCAGGAGAGCAGUGCAUGAAGCAAAAACAGCUACAGAAACCACCCAGCCAUACUGAAAUGUCUGAAGUUUUAAAAAUAAAGAGUCAGAGCUUGAAGAACAAUGGCAAAAAGCAAUAUCAAGACACUUCCAGCCAAAAGAAGCGAACAAAUGGAGUCCACAGCCAACCAGUUAAGCAAAACCAUACCUUGAAAUGUGAAAAAAGGCUUAAUCCAAGAAGACUUCAAGAUAACUUUGAAACAGAUGCAGCAUAUGAGAUGUGUUGCUCCAGUGACGAACCACUGCCAGAACACAUAGAGGGGCAUUCUGUGGCAUGCAAUGGGCAUUACAAAUUUGCUUUCUCAUCAAGAGCUUUCUUGAGUUUCAAGUUUGACCAUGAUGCCAUAAUGAAAAAUUUUGACCUCUGACAGCAGACUUAUUUGGAACAAAAGUCAGACUUGUGUGUUGCAAUUGAGGUUUUUUUUUAUCCAGCCUUACUC